AUGGCAAGCGAAGCGGAAGCUCCCCUGAUAUCGCGCCGGGACGACGGGUUGGAAGAUGAAUCCCACACCGAUGCCGAGGACGAGGCAGUCGAGUGGCCGGCCGGCCGGCCGGGGCUCUUCAUCUGGCUCCUGACCCUAUCCGCCGGCAUCAGCGGGCUCCUGUUCGGAUACGACACCGGCGUCAUCUCGGCGACGCUGGUGUCCAUCGGCACGUCGCUGUCGGGGCGGGCGCUGACGUCCCUCGACAAGUCGGUGAUCACGUCGUGCACGGCGCUGCUCGCGCUGGCGGCGUCGCCGGUCUCGUCGGUGCUGGCGGACCGCGUCGGCCGCAAGCCGGUGAUCCUGCUGUCGGACGUGCUGUUCGUGGGCGGCGCGCUGGCGCAGGCGCUGAGCGCGACGGUCGGCGGCAUGGUGGCCGGGCGGGCGGUGGUCGGCGCGGCCGUGGGCGCGGCCAGCUUCGUCACGCCGCUGUACAUCGCCGAGCUGGCGCCGCCGGCGCACCGCGGCCGCCUCGUGACCAUGAACGUGCUGUCCAUCACCGCCGGCCAGGUCGUCGCCUACGUCGCCGGCUGGGCCUUCGCCGAGCACGCCGACCCGGCCGCCGGCUGGCGCUGGAUGGUCGGCCUCGGCGCCCUCCCCGCCGCCCUCCAGUGCGCCCUGCUCCUCCGCAUGCCCGAGACGCCGCGCUGGCUCGUCCGCGCCGGCAGGUCCGCCGACGCCCGCCUCGUCAUCGAGCGCACGCUGGCGCCCGACUCGGCCCCCGCGCCCCGCCGCCGCCGCGUCGUCGACGCCGUCGUCAAGGAUAUCGAGAGGGAGAUCAGGGAGGAGCAGGGCCGGGCGCCGCCCGGCGCCGCCCCCGCGUGGCUGCGCGGCUGGCGCGAGCUCCUCGGGGUACCGAAGAAUCGGCGAGCGCUCACCAUCGCGUGCCUGCUCCAGGGCUUACAGCAGCUGUGCGGCUUCAACUCGUUGAUGUACUUCUCUGCGACAAUCUUCACGAUGCUAGGCUUUUCGAUACCGACACUGACGUCGCUGACCGUCGCCGCGACUAACUUUGCAUUUACCGUCCUCGCGUUGCUCCUGAUCGACCGGAUUGGGCGCCGGCGGAUCCUGCUCUACUCGGUACCUUUCAUGGUGGCUGGCCUGCUCCUUGCGGCCUUCGGCUUCAGCUACGUCAAGCUUCCGUCGACGGGGACUGAUUCCUCCGCGCCCGGCGGAGCCUCCUCGCCGCAAGGCGCCGCCGUCAUUAUUCUCGUGAGCAUCAUGAUCUACGUGGCCGCGUACGCGCUCGGGCUGGGCAACGUCCCCUGGAUGCAGAGCGAGCUGUUCCCUCUCAACGUGCGGUCGCUCGGCAGCGGGGCGGCCACGGCUACGAACUGGCUGGCCAAUUUUAUCAUCGGACUGACCUUCUUGCCCUUGGAGCAGAUGGAGUGGCUGACGCCGACGGUGACAUUUGCCUUGUACGGUGCCGUCUGUGCUGCGGGCUGGUUCGCGAUCUGGAGGAUAUACCCGGAGACGGCGGGCCUGACUCUGGAGGAGGCUACGUGUCUGCUGGAAAACGGGUGGGGUGUGAAAUGA